GUCCAGUCAUCAAAACUAAACAUUGCCGGAACGCGUCCAGAGCUCAUCACGGGAUCGUGUGAAUCCUCAAUUUCCAUUUAGGAAGGUGGCCCAACUCUCUGGUUACGGUACCUCUCGCCCUUCGUCAUGUCGAAAAGGAUUAGAAUCUACUCUCCGGAGGACCUCAGAGGCCAUGCAACGGCCUCCAGCUGCUGGGUCUCUUACAAGGGCAAAGUAUACGAUGUCUCCAGAUUCCUGGCAGACCAUCCAGGAGGCGAGGAUAUCCUUCUCCGUCAUGCCGGGCAGCCAGUGGAGGACGUAAUGGCCGACAAGAACGAGCAUGUACACUCAGAGGCCGCGUACGACAUGCUAGAUGAGUUUUUGGUUGGAAAAUUGGGAAAUGAGGAACACACCUGCACCCAAGAUUGGACCGCCGCCGACGACUUUCAUCCGGAAAACACAGACUCUACUCAGGAUUUUGAAAAGAACGAAUUUCUGGAUUUGCGCCGGCCUUUACUUCCUCAAGUGUGGUUCGCCAACUUCAGCAAGAGUUUCUAUCUGAAACAAAUUCACCAACCGCGCCAUUUGUCAUAUUCUGCUCGCUUGUUCGGACCAGCUUAUCUUGAGGUGUUCACGAAAACCGUGUGGUACGUAGUGCCUAUGUUCUGGCUGCCGAUUACAACCUACCUUGGCCUGCGGUCGAUCCUUCAAUUCACCACGCCACUACCUUCGGUUUUUGAAAACCCAUUUCUUCCAUUGGAGUUACUCUUCCAAAUUCCUGCACUGUCGUAUGGUAAAUUCGCAGCCUGUUUCGUCACCGGGAACAUCAUUUGGACCAUCCUGGAAUACUUGAUGCAUCGCUUCUUGUUCCAUCUCGACGAUCAUCUUCCUGACAAGGGCGUGUUCCUUACCAUGCACUUCCUUCUACAUGGUGUCCAUCACUAUCUCCCUAUGGAUCGCCUGAGGCUUGUCAUGCCGCCUGUCUUAUUUACUGCCCUGCAAUUCCCUUUCACUCAGUUGGCGUACAAGCUCUUCCCAACACCUAUCGCAAACGGAAUAAUUACCGGGGCUUUCGCAUUCUACGUGGUUUAUGACUGCAUGCAUUACGCGCUUCAUCAUACAAACCUUCCAGCAUACUUGAAAGAGCUGAAGCGGUACCAUCUUGCACAUCAUUACAAAAAUUAUGAAUUGGCGUUUGGUGUAACAAGCAAAUUUUGGGACUACGUUUUUGGGACAGUGCUACCGCUCUGAAGCGGCCUUGAGAGAGAAAAUAAUAUGUAUACCACUUAAGGCCCAUCUAUUUUCUAAGAUCUCAUUUUUAUACCAUCUCACGCUGUCGAACAAUUUCCAGGCUACUGAAGGCUCUAGUCGUAUUUGUGUUUGAUGCUGCCGUCAAGGUUUAUCAUGAUCCGUUGCAAUCAGUAUAUAUUGUAACUCGACUGCACUUUUGCCAGAUUUCUUGGUUAGAAAUGAGCAUAGUGACCACAACCUUGUUCGGAGGUACUGGUAUCAUUCUGCAGUACUUAACCUUCGACAGCUAUGCGUGAUGUGUGAAAUGGAUUAG